ACAGUACCCAGACGGCACUGCUCUAGCCUACAGUACACUCUGCUGCUUAUCCGGGGAUGUCACACCGCUGCUAUUUUCUCCCCUCAGUCUCUCUCACUCUCAGCCUACAGCUCAAGCGGACUGACACGGGGAUUUGGAUAGAAAGACACGAACAAUAAGAUACAAAACAGAGGCCAAAAUGGCAGAGCUUGGAGCGGGAAGCCUGCCGUUAGGGGAUCCUGCUUUUAAUUACCAGGAACACGAGCUAAACGAGAGGCUGAAGCGGCUCUACCCGGCUGUGAACGAAGAAGAGACCCCUUUACCCCGAUCCUGGAGCCCCAAGGAUAAAUACAGCUACAUUGGGCUGUCACAGAACAACCUGCGGGUCCAUUACAAAGGUCACGGUAAGAACCACAAGGACGCAGCAUCAGUUCGAGCAACACAACCAAUCCCUGCUGCCUGUGGGAUCUACUACUUUGAAGUCAAGAUUGUCAGCAAAGGUCGAGAUGGGUACAUGGGCAUCGGCCUGUCGGCACAGGGAGUCAACAUGAACAGACUGCCUGGAUGGGACAAGCACUCAUACGGUUACCACGGAGAUGACGGCCACUCCUUUUGGCUCCUCCGGGACCGGCCACCGUACGGCCCGACGUUCACCACAGGCGACGUGAUUGGCUGCUGCGUUAACCUCAUCAACAACACAUGCUUUUACACCAAAAAUGGCAUCAGUUUAGGUGUAGCCUUCACAGACCUCCCUCCCAACCUGUACCCCACUGUGGGGCUCCAAACUCCGGGUGAGAUCGUAGACGCAAACUUUGGCCAGCAGCCGUUUGUCUACGACAUCGAGGACUACAUGAGUGAAUGGCGGGCGAAGAUCCAUGGCAUGAUCGCUCGCUUCCCCAUAGGAGAGAGGCUGGGGGAGUGGCAGGCUGUCCUGCAGAAUAUGGUGUCUAGUUACCUGGUGCAUCAUGGGUACUGUGCCACCGCAACAGCCUUUGCCAGAGCCACAGAGACCCUGAUACAAGAGGACCAGACAUCUAUAAAGAACAGACAGAGAAUACAGAAGCUGGUGCUGGCAGGACGGGUGGGCGAAGCCAUAGAGGCUACUCAGCAGCUUUAUCCAGGCCUGUUAGAACACAACCCUAACCUACUCUUCAUGUUGAAGUGUCGCCAGUUUGUGGAGAUGGUGAACGGUACAGACGGCGAGGUCCGCUGCUUGCCCAUCCGCUCCCCAAAGUCCCAGGACAGUUACCCCGGCUCCCCCAGCCUCAGCCCCCACCACGGAGCCAGCAACACACACCUAAACACCGGAGGAUCAGACAGCCCAACCUGCAGUAAUGGAGUGACCCCCCCCAACAAGUCAAAGAGCCACAGUGGCACCGGCAACAGCAGUGUCAAAUACCCCAGCUUGUCCUCCUCCACCUCCUCUUCCUCCUCCUCCUCCUCCCCUUCCUCCGUCAACUACUCUGAGUCCAACUCCUCCGACUCCACCAAGAGCCAGCCGCACAGCGCCAACAGCACCCAGGAAACCAGUGACAGCGAGAUGGAGAUUGAAGCAGAGCACUAUACCAACGGAGUUGUUGAGGGCUCCUCAGCGCGGAUCAUGAAUGGCACAUACAAACACGAAGAGAUCCUUCAGCCAGACGACAACAGCAUUGGCAAUGGGGUCACAGCAGAUGAUGGUUGCAGUAAUGGCCGACAGCUCUGUGGAGGGAACCAGGCCGCCACAGAGAGGAUGAUCCAGUUUGGACGGGAGCUACAGUCGCUCAACGAACAGCUGUGUCGCGAGUAUGGCAAGAACACCACACACAAGAAGAUGUUACAGGAUGCAUUCAGCCUGCUAGCGUACUCGGACCCCUGGAGCUGCCCGGUGGGCCAGCAGUUAGACCCCACCCAGAGAGAAACCCUCUGCUCCGCACUCAACAGCGCCAUACUGGAGUCCCAAAACCUGCCUAAGCAGCCUCCACUGAUGUUAGCACUCGGCCAAGCCACAGAGUGUGUUCAGCUCAUGGCCAGAGUCCGCUCUGGCUCCUGCUCAUUCGCCAGAGUAGACAACUUUUUGCACUAGCCCAGGUCCAGGUUAAUGUUAAGUAGCACUGAGAGAAGGCAUGUCCUGCAGGUAGUUGUCAUGGCGACGGAGGAGAGAGCAUGCGUGUGAUUGGUGUGUUUGGCUGUCCAUCAGACCAAGCCAGCGGCACCGACAGAGGAGAGGCGAGCAGGAGAGAAGAAGGCUUCCUUUUAAUUUAGUAUUAUCAAAUAAACAAAUGUGUGACACUAUUUAAAGAUAAUUAAUUAUUAUUCUGUUUAUCUAGCCAUUUUUAUAGUUCUUUUUUGUCAGAUUGUUGUGCUCAUCCUCGACAAAACAAAUUGUUAAUCCCCUUUUUCAUUUUUCUUCUGUUUUAUCGGGUGGAUUUUGAUUUCCUACGGUCAGUAUUUUAUUCAAUUUUGUGUUGUUCACCAUAUCACAAACCACAAUACACACAUCUCGUUACUGCGGUAACCCCCACAAUUGUAGGUCAACAGUUCCUGAGGCAUAUUAACCUCAUCUUUGAUACAGAAGACAGACGCUGAACCCUUUAUCCUUCCAAAAUACUUGAAGCAAUUAUGUCUUGUAUUACAUCCAGCAGUAGCCAGCCUGAAAACACAUUUGAUUGUGUGGAGAUGCUGAAAGAAAAAAGAAAUAGACUGAUGUAUGACACACGUGGGCCCCUCAAUUAUUCCAGAGGUUCCAAAAGAAUGGCUUGCAUCCUGUGUCAAAAAACUGAAUUGAAGGACCUCUGUAGAGAAGAACACUGCCAGUAACAAGGGGGAGCAUUUUAAGGACGGGAUUACAUUGGAAUAUUAGAGGUGUUGAAGCCUUAAUUUGACUGUAACGACCAGAGCAUCGACCAAUCAGUGAUGUGGUUGCAGGUGGCGGAGCUCAGCUGCAGCUACAACACCUGCUCAAGAUCCAAUGUAACACUAUUAUCAGGUUCGCCUUCAUGCCAGCAGAAAGAAAAUCAGGUUCAAAAGUAGACUAAAGCGCAGGGUGUGGACGGCUAAAACUCAAGUCCCCCCCCCAGGAUUUUCAUUACAAUAUUCUUAUUUUCUUUUUAUUUUCUUUGGUUGGCCUCCACCUGACCUGCUCUGUACAUGUGCUGUAGCAAUUAUAGUUUAAAAACAAAGAGGAAAAAUAAUUUGCCAAAUUCAUUUUAGGGUGAUAAUUGGGAUAAUUAAGUAAUUUAAUUUAUUUAAUUAGGGUGAUUGAGUGGAAACCUCUCAAAGGUUGUUUAAGGUGUUGAACCAAUCAUUUUGUUCACACAGAAACCUCCAUUUCUCUAUCAACCAUAAGUUUAAAGUGAUUAUGCCUUGCCUAUUACUGGACAGGCGGUAAGUUCAUUUAUGAAGCCCAAAGGUGUGUCCAAGAGUGCCUCCCAGUACAUUAACUUGAUACAAAGAUGAUGAAGAAAGAUCCAGAUUGUUCCAAUAUCCUCCUGUUUUGGAGUCGGUUCAGUUAUAAAAAAGAAAUGAUUUAGCCCCCAACAACAGCUUUCAGCAAAUGUGUUUAGUGCCCAAACGUUUUUGAUAUUAUAUGAUACAAGACAUUGUGAAAUUGGCCAAUUAGCUACUGUAAAACUAUGUGGCUGUUUGCUAACUCCCAAGCCAGAAACUCUUUUUGGUUCAACCAACUAUUUGUUGCUGCUUAUGAACACAAUCCAGAGUAACACAGCUGUCUUUCUUUUUAGCUUCAACAGGGCAACUUAAGCUACCUAGCUAGCUGGGCUUUGAAUGACCUCGUAUGAUUAUUCAUAAUAGCAAAUGUUAGCUGCAGCAGCUAAUUCUGACUUAAGUAGUUAAUUGAUUCUGGAAAUGUUUCUCAGAGAAAGGAGCACCACUGUUAUGUGCAAAAACACACAUUCUUUGCUGUUGCUAGCUAGCUGCUGUUGGGCCUAAGAUUGUUUUUUUUUUGGGAGUGGAAGGCGCUUAAAUGCAUCAAUUCAGAAGGAAGCUGAAAACGGGUACAUUCAGACCGACAGUAAGAGAUACUUACACACAUAUUUUGAACAUUUUUGUGAAAAUAAAAGCAGGUACACUUGUUUAAGUAGGAACCCAAAUUACAAGUGUAAACCUUUUUGAAUGAUCUCCCAGCUUAUCGGCUCUUGUAUAUUUGGUCACAAGAUUGUUUAUUUCACUAUGUCUUGUUUACUUAUCCAAUAUUGAAGUUUAAUAUUAUUCAUUUUCAAAUGUUAUCAUUAUCAUCAGUUUCUGUCUCUGUAUCCGAAAAGAUGAUUGUUUAUUGCACAAUGAAACAAAUUGGACUCAACUACACCUUAUUUCCAGUCCAAUAACUGGGCUUUGGUAACAAAGCUUUUGUUUCAUCCCUCAGCUUUAUUUGAAAUAUUUUCAUUCUUUUGUUUUUACAUCAGACUUUUCUACCAAAUAGAAAUGAUUUCAUGUUCUGUCUGACUAGUGGCAAACUGUCACUUUGGCUGCUUUGUUGUGACCUCGCAAAUGGCUUGUGGAUCCACCCUGAAGUGUAUAUUUCCAUUUAUAAGAGAAUAGAGAAACAUGGAAUAAUAUAAUACCGGAGAUGUGUGUAUGCAAUGUGGGGUUUACAACAGGGUAUGUGGUCAUCUUUUUUCCGAGCUGGUUUUUAUUAAGACUUUCAGAUAUAAUAGGAACUAUUCUAAUAACCUCACAUGCAGUACUCACAAUAUCUACAGCUGUAAAGGACUUAUGUUACAUGCACACACACACACACACACACACACACACACACACACACACACACACACACACACACACACACACACACACACGUGAAAGACAAACCUCUGUUGCAUACCUGUAGGGAACAAGUCUCCCACUUGUCCUUUGUGUUUGAGCCUGGGCUGCGUCUCAGCACUGUUACCAUGCACCCUUCCUCUUAUCCCUGCAGACAUAGCCACUGAUGUGAUCAGUGAUUGUUUUUAAGAAAUGGAGGAAUGUGAACAGUUUUGGAAAUGGGCCUGAGGCCCCUGAAGCCACACGGACUUCUUCAGGAGUAGCCGGAGAAAUGGAUUUAGGCAUUGCAGACGAGCUGUCCACAAUUGACUUCUAUCAUGAUUUAAAUUUCAUAUUUUGACUUUGAGUUUUAGCAAAAAAACAACAAAAAAACUAUUGUGAAAUGAGUUACCCUCUAUUUAGCAUGACUUUUAAAACGAUAUAAAAAAAAGGAAAAAUUAUAAUUGAAAAAAAAAACCUAUGUACUGGAAACAUGUUAAAAAAGAAAUAUUGUAUUCUGUUUAAUUUUGACAGAAUUAUUUUUAUUAAAACACAUCCAUAAGCA